AUGUAUCAGGAAAUGGCACUGCUGCCUGGGAAUGCAGAUCCCGAAUUCACUGCAUACUCUUAUAACAACUUGGAGACACUUUGUGAUGUGCAGACAAAGAAAGGAGUCUUCUACAAAAAAGCAAAACUUCUCAAUCCUGGGGAAGACAUGUAUUGCUUUGCCUGCAGGGAGGACCGAGCCAGGAAUGUGAUAAUCAAUGUAGGGGGCAUAAAAUACAAGAUUCCAUGGACCACAUUAGAGAAUUGUCCCUUGACCAGGCUUGGAAAGUUAAAAUCAUGCAACAACUAUGAUGAAAUAAUGGAUAUAUGUGAUGAUUAUGAUGUCAACUGCAAUGAAUUCUUUUUUGACCGCAAUCCUUGUGCCUUCAGGACCAUCAUGACUUUUUUGACAGCUGGGAAGCUAAGGCUCCUCAGGGAAAUGUGUGCUCUCUCUUUCCAAGAUGAACUGGUUUACUGGGGGAUAGAAGAGGAACACUUGGAGUGGUGCUGUCAAAGAAGACUACGACAGAAAGAGGAAGAGAUGGCAGAAGCUGCAUUGUUUGAAGAUGAAGUGGAAGAUAAUGAAGCACCCCAAUGUGCCUUCAAGGACAGUAGCCGUUUGCAUUUGUGCAUGAGAAAGCUCAGGGAUAUGGUGGAAAAUCCUCAUUCAGGGAUCCCAGGAAAGAUCUUUGCUUGUAUAUCUGUUUCUUUUGUUGUCAUCACUGCAGUUAGCCUCUGCAUUAGCACCAUGCCAGAUCUCAGAGAAGAAGAAGAUCGGGGGGAAUGUUCCCAAAAGUGCCAUGACAUCUUCGUGCUGGAAACGGUCUGUGUGGCUUGGUUUUCUUUUGAGUUCAUCUUGCGCUCUAUCCAGGCAGAGAGCAAGUGUGCCUUUUUGAAGACACCACUCAACAUUAUAGACAUUUUGGCCAUCUUGCCUUUCUAUAUCUCUUUGAUUGUAGAUAUGGCUUCUCCCAAAACCAGCAACAAGCCUGGGGGUGGAGGUGGAGGAGUUGGAAACAAGUACCUAGAGAGAGUAGGUCUGGUGCUGCGCACCCUGCGAGCCCUUCGUAUCCUGUACGUCAUGCGUUUGGCAAGGCAUUCCCUGGGGCUGCAGACCCUGGGACUCACUGUGCGCCGCUGCACACGGGAAUUUGGACUCCUCCUCCUUUUUCUUUGUGUUGCCAUGGCACUCUUUUCGCCACUCGUUUACUUGGCAGAAAAUGAAAUGGGUGCCAAGCAUGAAUUCACUAGUGUUCCCAGCAGUUAUUGGUGGGCUGUAAUAUCCAUGACAACGGUUGGCUACGGUGACAUGGUGCCUCGUAGUAUUCCAGGUCAGGUAGUAGCCUUGAGCAGUAUCUUGAGUGGCAUCCUGCUUAUGGCUUUUCCUGUGACUUCCAUUUUCCACACUUUCUCGCGCUCGUACAUAGAGCUUAAGGAAGAACAGCAGCGAGCUGCUAAUAGGCAACUUCACGAACUGGAAGAGAGCAGCAACCUCCCACAAGACAGCAGCUCUCAGGAAGGAGAUUCCUUCUCUUCGCAGGGCAGUGAUGGAGCAGCAGUCCACGCAGAAAUGGAACAAGGGACUAAGAAUUGCUGACACAAAUGAAAUUGGAAUUGUGCGGGAAUAGCAGAGGAAAAGUGCAUGGAGGGAUAUUUAUGUCUUCAAGAAAUUACCAAACUGCUUAGAUCUCCUAUUACCACCAGAAAGACUGUCUUUUGAGCAAUGGCUUACAUGACCAAUCACAGUGCUAAGGACAGUUUGGCUUUAAACAUACUUUAGAAUUUCAGAGACUCUCCAGCACUAAAAAUGCUGCUAAUUGCUCUUUCAAAAGCAAUUUUCAGACAUGUUUCUUUUGUGUGCGUGGGAAGAAAUAACAUAGCUAAAUCAUAUUUUUGUCCGAAUUCAGAAUAAGUCCGUGUUCCAUUCACUAUGUAUGGAACUAGAGCAACUGGAAGAU